UAGUACGCAGGUCGUUACUCACUGUCUUUUCUGGAAUUUCCUUGUUUCAUGCCCAACCAAGAUCGGCCUGUCUUUUCCUUCUUUCGUUCUUAAUCCAAUUUUCUCCAUCUUGGAUAUUCCAUGCCAACCGAUCUGCGAUAACCCUUUGAGCAACCAGCUGCCGACAUGGCGGCUUUUCCCUUCCUCUCAGCCUCUUUUGUGCUUCUUCAGCUGGCAUUAACAUGUUCGGCCCAACAUCCGAAUCUUACUACUGGGCCAUUGCACCUCGCCAGCCACACCCCCGGUGAUGGCUGCGUCCACCUCCCCAUCAUCCACUCUACCAACACCAACCACUUUGCCCGCCGCGGCAUCCAACUCGCUCUCAAUAAUCGGUCAGACGUAGCUUACUACGCCCAACUCGAAAUCGGCACCCCUCCACAAACAGUCUACACCCAACUCGACACGGGCUCCUUCGAACUCUGGGUAAACCCGGACUGUACCACCGUCUCGCCCUCGGACUCCUCCUUCUGCGACCACAUUGGCUUCUACAACGCCUCCCUCUCUUCCACGUCCAAAUCCCUCGGCACCAGCAAAACCCUCCGUUACGGCAUCGGCGCCGCCAACAUUUCCUACGUAACCGACACCAUCUCCCUUUCCGGCUCUUCCACCUCUUUGAAAGAUAUCCAAUUCGGCGUCGCCACCUCCUCCAAAGAUGCCUUUUCGGGAAUCCUAGGGAUCGGCUACGGCCAAGGCUUAGCAACCAAAUACCCCAAUUUCAUCGACCAGCUGUACGCCCAAAAGAUCACCAAAGUCAAAGCAUACACCUUAGCGCUAGGAUCCAAGACUGCUCAACAGGGGAGUAUUGUUUUCGGCGGAGUGGACACAUCCAAGUUCGCUGGGCCGCUGGCGAGACUACCGAUUAUUUCAGCGGAAGACUCGCCGGAUGGCGUCCCGCGGUUUUGGGUGCAGAUGAAUGGGAUCAGACUUAGGCCGCCUUCAGGACAGAGCAUGGGCGUUUAUGAAGGAAGCAAAAUCCCGGCGUUUUUGGAUAGUGGGAGUACCAUGACGAUCUUGCCGCCUGCGUUGGCGAACAAGAUUGCCGAGGACUUUGGGAGCCCGGAGAUGGAUGCGAAUGGGUUUUAUCGAGUCGGGUGUGAGUAUGUGGAUAUGAAUGGGACGAUGGAUUUCGAGUUUGUGGGUGUAGGACAAAAGGUGACGGUUAGGGUGCCGUAUAAGGAGAUGAUCAGGGAGGUGGGACAGGGGGAGAGCAAGAUGUGCUUUUUGGGGAUCAUGGGCAGUGAGAGUUUUACGUUGUUGGGGGAUACGUUUUUGCGGAGUGCUUAUGCUGUCUUUGACUUUCAAACCAAUUCCAUUUGGUUGACGCAAGCCACUUCAUGCGGUAACACGCCCGCCGCGCUUAGGGAUGUUAUGGAUUUGUCUCGCGUGGUAGGGAAUUGUCAGAUACAGCCGGGCCAGAAGGAGGCGGUAGUGGAUGUGGUUUCGGAGACGUCGAUUGCGCCGCCUACUGGUUCGACAGGCGACGCUGAUGGUGUGACUGGGACGGGAGGAAAUGGAAAUGGAAAUGGGGGGACGCGCACGGCGUGGGGGUUUGUCACCACGACCUUGGCGGUACCUAUGGCGACAGGUUUAGCCGGUGGUGGUGGAAGUAUGAGCGCGACUGCGUUGGAUUCCUCUGGGAGAAGUAUGGCUGGUGAUGUGGUGUUGAGCGUCGCGGUGGCUGUUGGUGCUGCGGUGUUGGGAAGUCUGUUGUGAUGUGAUGCAUUCUGAGUUUGCAUAGCAUGGCGUGUUCAAUUGAUUUCCUCCUUGAUU